AUGGCCACGUACGCUGCACCGUACGACGAGGGCGUGGACGUCUGCGAGCGCGUCGAGGACUUUGGCCUCAAGGUCGAGCGCGUGCGAGCGCUGCUGCGCGACCUCGAUGUGAAUGGCUGCCUCUUGAGCCUUUCGCACAACUUUGCGUGGCUCAGUGGCGGCGGGCGCAACCAUAUCCUCCUUGCAAGCGAAGGCGGCGUCGGCAGUCUCUUCGUCAAUGCUACCCGCGUGCUCUUGAUCACCAACAACAUUGAGGGCCAGCGCUUGCUGCACGAAGAGCUCGCAGGACUGCCCAUCGAGCUGCUUGAAGAGCCGUGGUACGAGUCGCGAGAGACCGAGGCGGUGCUGGCUGCGAUCGUCGGUCCCGGAGCUACUUUUCUUCGGGACACCAACACGGCCGUCGAGAAGCGGCUGGCGCAGCUUCGCCAAUCGCUAACGCCACUCGAUAUCAAGCGCUACCGCGCACUCGGGCGACACUGCAGCCAUGUCGUCACCAGCGUCGCCGACUCGGUUCGCCGCGGCGACGCUGAGUGGUCUCUUGCCGGACAGCUCCACCAGCGCGCACUUGAACACGGCAUCGACGCCGUGGUGGUCUUGGUCGCUGCCGACGAGCGCUUGGAUAGCAUUCGACACCCGCUUCCAACCACGAAGCUCGUGCGGGAGAAGGUCAUGCUCGUGCUCUGCGGACGUCGCGGUGGGCUCAUCUGCUCCCUCACGCGCAUUGUGUGUGUGGCGCCAAAGGUGCCGGAGGACCUGCGCGCGCGGCACCACGCCGUCACGUUUGUGGACGCGACGGCCUUGGCAGCAACGCGCCCGGGCGCGAUCGCCAGCGACAUCUUUCGCGCCAUCCAAAACGCCUAUGCGAUAAGCGGCUACCCCAACGAAUGGAAGCGCCAUCACCAGGGCGGCGGCACGGGCUACAAGAGCCGCGAGUGGAAGGCCGACGCGUCCAACCACGAGAUCGUUGCGCCACUUGGCGCGUUCGCGUGGAACCCGUCCAUUGCCGGCACCAAGUCGGAAGACACUGUGCUAUUGCUUGCGGAGGGACAGCUCGAGGUGCUCACGCAAGCCCCAAUGUCGUGGCCAAUGCUGCGCCAUGUCGUCGAUGGCAUCGAGAUUGCCCGACCCGACAUCCUCCACCGCCCUUCGUAG